CGUGGCAACGGGGAGCUUCGCGCGGGCGGACGCCAUGGCGGAGCCGCAGGCCGAGCCGGUUUCUUCAUUGCCAGUGGCUACAGAACCUCCAAAACCCCGGCCCAAAAAAGCGCCGGAGUUACCAGUCCUAGAGAGAAAAAACUGGUUGAUCUAUCUGCUCUACGUUCGCAAAGACUACGACGCGUGUAAGGCCCUCAUCAAGGAGCAACUCCAGGAGUCUCAUGGAAUGUGCGAAUAUGCAGUGUAUGUUCAAGCUCUGAUAUUGCGCCUGGAGGGGAAAAUUCAAGAGUCUCUUGAACUUUUUCAGACGUGUGCCAUUCUGAACCCUCGAAGUGCUGACAACCUCAAGCAGGUGGCACGAUCACUGUUUCUUUUGGGGAAACACAAGGCAGCCAUUGAAGUGUACAAUGAAGCAGCUAAGCUCAGUGAAAAGGACUGGGAGAUCAGCCACAACCUGGGUGUGUGCUACAUGUACCUGAAACAUUUCAACAAGGCACAAGACCAGCUCAACAAUGCCCUAGAGCUCAACAAACAUGACCUGACUUACAUGAUGCUGGGGAAAAUUCACCUAUUGGAAGGGGAGACGGAUAAAGCCCUUGAAGUCUAUAAGAAGGCAGUAGAAUUUUCUCCAGAGAACACAGAGCUCCUUACAACUUUGGGGUUACUCUACCUGCAGCUUGGGGAUUACCAGAAGGCUUUUGAACACCUUGGAAACGCGCUUACUUAUGACCCCACCAACUACAAGGCCACCUUGGCAGCAGGCAGCAUGAUGCAGACCCAUGGAGAUUUUGAUGUUGCCCUCACCAAAUACAGGAUGGUAGCUGGUGCUGCACCUGAAAGCCCCCCGCUGUGGAACAACAUUGGAAUGUGCUUCUUUGGCAAGAAGAAAUAUGUAGCAGCUAUCAGUUGCCUGAAGCGAGCAAACUACUUGGCUCCCUUUGACUGGAAGAUUCUGUACAAUUUGGGGUUAGUGCACCUCACGAUGCAGCAGUAUGCGUCUGCUUUCCACUUCCUCAGUGCUGCCAUCAACUUCCAGCCCAAGAUGGGAGAACUCUAUAUGCUCCUGGCAGUUGCUCUGACAAACCUCGAAGAUGUUGAGAACGCAAAACGUUCCUAUGAGCAAGCUGUGGCACUGGACAAGUGCAAUCCCCUCGUCAACCUGAACUAUGCUGUCCUGCUCUACAACCAGGGGGACAAGAAAGGAGCCCUCUGCCAGUACCAGGAGAUGGAGAAGAAGGUCAAUGUGCUGAAGGAGAGCAGUUCUCUUGACUUUGACCCUGAGAUGGUGGAUGUGGCCCAGAAGAUGGGAGCUGCCCUGCAGGUGGGGGAGAGCCUGGUUUGGACUAGACCUGCUAAAGAGUCUAAAUCCAAGCAGCGAGCUGCUCCAUCAGGGAAGUCGUCCAGCAUUCAGCAACCUUUGGGCUCCAACCAGGCCCUGGGUCAAGCCAUGUCCUCAGCUGCUGGAUAUGGGAAAACCACGCAGCUUCCCUCAGGUGCUGGAGCAUCAGCUCCCCUUGCAAAGCCUCCCUCGCUGCCUCUGGAACCAGAACCAGGCUCGGAAACAGGCCCCGAGGAGACCACAGCUCCAACAGAAGCUGAGGAACGAAGGAAAGAAAAGUGCAAGAGCAGGCAGGCAGCGGACUAGGAGGGACUCCGGCCGGGACGGGCAGGCAUGUCUCCAGCACUGCCUGCUGAUUUGUGGGGAAAAGCAGCUGCCUCCCCCACCCUGACCCACGGUGGCUUGAGCCCACUGUCAGUUUAGUCUAAACACAGCUGUUUGCUGAUAGUGAUUUUAGCACGUGGUCUCUGCCUUGUCCCAGGGAGUCUUUGCAGCAAGCAGAAGAGGUUCCUAUAUAGCUACUGUUAGCAUGGUCGCACCUCACCACAAGCGACUGGAGGGUGGCGAUCCUUCACUCCGCCUGGAUUGGCUGUGUUCAGUGUUCAGGUGUAGGUUCUCCAGGAUGAUGCUGAGGCCCUACAGUAUAUUUAGAAAAAGCCAGCAGCUACGACUUAGCACCUUGUUAAAAUGAGAAUGCAGGGAGGAUCCAGCCCUUCCAGUGGCUAAACAUGCCAGCAGCUGAGGAAGCUCUACACAAGCUGUAGUAAGGUCAGCGAUGAUACGCUUGGAGAGGGGGAGAAGCUAGACCACCUCACCGUGUAAGGGCAGAGUGGUAAGCCCAGCCUGGCUCCCGGGGGUGAUGAGCUUUCGUUCAGAGUUUCACAAGGCCAGGAAUGCUCUCCCAAGGGAAGAGAAAGGAGAUUGUUCGGGCAGGGAGCUGAAAGAGUUGGGAGCUGUAACUCCUUACCAGGGCCUCUACUGGCAGGGCGGGUCAUGGCUGCAAAGAAAGAGAGGCGCUUUCAGAGUGCAUCUUUUCUUUAUGGGUGGUUGUUGUGAAAUUUGGUGGAGCUAGAUGGCGAAAGCAGUGAGCUCUUCUGCCCUGAGGCCAUUAACACGCAACCUGCCGCAGUAUGGAUGGCCAAAGCCGACCUGCUGCGCCCGCAGUAUCAACGCCCUUGCGCACUCUCUGUUCUAGCAGCGCACGUGUUGGCCAGCUAGUGAUGCUGGACUCUCGAUUUCUGCUAAAGACUUCUAUCCGUUUCCACCGGAAAGUUGAGACUAAUUUUUCCAGGGAGGAGUGUGCUACAGCCCUCUCCUUCCCUCCCCCCGCCAAUCCUGAGGCAGUAAAUUUACUUUCUACGAAGAACUAAUACUACCUGUUAGGCUCAGCAAGUCCCAGACCACUCUGGCACCGGCUGACCCAACAUGUUUAGGAGUGUUCACCUUCUGCUCUCAGGAUCACUCUUUGUAUUUCUUGAAUCCAACUAGAAAAGCUAUUUUAAGUAAGUGUGAGUUUCUCUGUGUGGGAGCUAAUAAUGGUCAAAGAAAGUUGCAAAGCUCGGAGGUUGACUGUUCUGAAAGCAGGCUAGCUGGAGCAGCACAGAUGUCUGCCAGGGCCAAAUUCCUAACUGUUUACUGAGAAACAGAGUAAAUGAGGCUCAACUAAGCUCUGUGCUCAUGCAAUUAAAGUCCUUCCUUUAGAAUUAAUAUUGCUCAGUAGGGGUGGGGGGAGAUGGAGACAAAAGAUGUGGUCAGCUUCAAUGCUAAUUUUAAAAUGUUUUAGUAUGACAACAGGCUCACUCUAAAUAAUUCAGUUAUGCCCUCCCGACAGUAGCUUUUCAGAAGAAAUAAUUAAUGCUAGCUGCCUACGUGUUGCUGGAGAUGUUUUAAAAAUGGUUUUAUAUCGGAACAGAAAGAUCUAGCUUUCCUUCCUCUGUUGCUACCAUUUUGCUGCUUCUGGACAUUGUCUAGAGCUUAAUGCAGGUCUUCAAAACAACUGCUUUUGGGCAUUAAAUGAGGCAGGACCAUCCCUUUUUACAUAAAGAGUCAGUAACUGUGUUAAAUGUAGUUUCUCUUUCCCUCUUCUCCGUGCAGAGAAAAAAAAAAGUACACAAAGUUAACAUUGCUGUAGGAACUUUUGAUGCGAGUUUUCCAAACAGAGCAUAUAGCAUUUCCCCCGUUGAAGCUGGAGCUUUGGGCUCACUAUAUUCACUAAUCAGGCUACUGAGUUUUUUAAAGUGUAUUUUCUGCUUUUAGUGCUGCACUGUUGCGUAAUACCACUCCAUAAUUAACAUGCGCAGCAGAGCAAGGUUUUAAUGGGAUCCCUUUGGCAGUAACAAUGUAAAAGCUGGGUGGCCAAGGCUCUGGAUACGUUAUCAUCCCUCAGUCCUGCUUGCUGGUUAUCCAGAAAGACUUUAACGGAUCUUUAGCAUGCAACCAGCAGCCUAAGUGCGCUCCUGCUCCCUGGAGAGCUCUAAAAGAGUAGGAACCGUUCACUUCCCCCUCUGUUUUGACUGGCAAACCUGCCUGCUAAUCUCAAAUGUGGCUUUUUUUAGUCUGUCCUCUACUGCUUGGUUUUGCCUUGGUACAGCCACCCAGCUGCGCUCCUGAAAGGUUCCCCGUAUGCCAGGAGCUGAAGAAAACAGAGCUUCUUUAGUGAAGCACUGGCAAACUUAAACAAACCAGACAAGCAGCAGCCUAAAUCAGGUACAGUGCGGCUAUUUUAUUCACAUUAACCUUUUUACACUGAAGGUUACUGCAGCAUAGUGGGGUGCCUGCAAGGAAGAGGUUAAGACUGCAGAGCCAGGGUAGGCAGGGAGCGGGAACUCUCUCUCUUACCCCCCAAACUGUAGUUCCAGACAAGUUUUCCUGUAACGAUAGCUUGGUAGAGGCUUCUAGUCUCACCGUAAAAGCUUUCAAGCUCUGGAAGUUCCAACACAAGGAACAGUGAGCAGAACGGAGCGAUUACAGGCGAGCGAGCACCAGCACUGCUCGUAGAGGAAGGCCGAGUUUUCUGUCCGUCUGCUUAUCACUUUCUGUUUUGAUUUUACCGGUGAAUUUAUCCUUUUUACAACAAGCAGAAGGUAGAGGAAAGCAACUGAAAGACUGUAGCAUUAUGAAACCCAUUUGCUAUAUUCAGCUGAUGGGAGCAGCCCUUGUCCCACCAGUGGCUGUAGAAGCCUGCUCAGCUUACAAAACACCUUUAUUCUCUAUUUCCAGCACACCAGAAGCAUAAGGAACAGCCAAGAUUAACUCUCUUCUCUCACCAGUCCCACUUGUGCAACCUAUUAGCUUCCUGGCUGCUAAGAUGCUUUUAUAGGUAAAAGUACCAUGGGGUGUACUAUACUUGCAGGUACUGUAAAAGUAUUUAAAAUAUGCUUCUUAGUAAAAACCUUAAGCAGAUGAUUAAUACAAUUUUUUUUCUGCCAUGAAGAGAAGCAGUAGCACCUUGUUACCUUCUGGGUUUGACCAGAGCAGAAGGGAGCUUCAUGUCUAAGGAAACAUUUUAAAAUACAUAAUUAUAUCUGGAUAAUAAAUAGAACAGCAAUUCCUUGUCCCAUCGCCUGUCCUCCCCCUGAGUAUUCUGGUGACGCCAUUUGCAUACAGUAAAUUCACAGUAGUUAUAUUCCAAUCCUGACUGUAUAGAGAGCUCUUAUGCUACCUAGUGAUGAGAAGGAAGCUGGACUGUUUAUUUUUUUUUCAACUGAAAUUAGGAGAUUUUUUUCAGAGAUUUUUUGAGCAGGACUGUACCAAGUCAUUUAGGGAUUUUGGAAAUCAUACCCUAUGCUCCAAAACCCACUUCUGCCAUCAGCCAUAAAUCUAAUUCUUUCCCCCCCCCCCUUCAUAAUUGCAAAAAAUAAGAUGGAAAAGAAUAAUGAGCUUACGUUCUAGGAUUUGUUCCCCCCCCCCCCUUUCUUGAAAAAAAAUGUACAACAUAAUCCAGAUUAAAUCAUACUGCU